GGGGCGCAUGCAUAGCGCUGCCGCUCAUCAAUAGGCUUUUGCUCUGCAUACACAAGCAAGAAUGGGCAAGAACAACGACACCAAACAGGGCCGAUUUAGGCUUAUCUUCGGUCCCAUCUUCAUGAUGACCUUCACUCCCGUUUUUGCUCUCACCAUCUGUGCAGGCUGUCUGAGAGGCUCUCUGGCUUCUGUAUUGGAUGACGUUUCACGUUCAAGCAACGACUCCGGCUCUCCACUCGUCAAAUUCUUCACUGCUAUUGGUCUUGCUCAAGGAUUGGGAUCACCAACCGCGUGGACCAUCUUCGUCGUCUUUGUCGCCUCACAACUAAUCGUUUUGAAGUGCGUCCCCGGGGGCGAGGAGGAAGGAGUUACGGCUACAGGCCGCACUCCUGUCUACAAAACGAACGGCCUGGCUUCCUUCUUUCUAACGACAACGGGCUAUGUCUUACUUUCCAUCGUUUUCGGCCUGUUUCCUGCAACAAUCCUCUAUGACAAUCUACUGGAGAUACUGUGGGUUGCCGAGAUUGCUAGUAUUGUGUUGUGCCUGUGGCUGGCGGUAAGAAAAACUAGCAAACCACAGACAGGUACAGGAACUGAAUCGGCCAAUGAACAGAUAAGUCUUCUUCUAAAGUUCUACUGGGGUCGUGAGGUUCAUCCCAGUGUGAUGGGAUUCGAGCUCAAGCAGGUCACCAACUGUAGGUUUGGUAUGAUGAUAUGGCCAUUGAUUAUGAUCUCCUGUAUGGCCAAACAAUGGGAAAUUUAUGGAUACAUUUCUAACUCUAUGGCGACGGCUGCAUUCCUACAGUUUGCUUAUCUUACAAAGUUUUUUCACUGGGAGUCGGGAUAUAUGAGGACAUUGGAUAUGAUGCAUGAUCGUGCUGGUUACUAUAUCUGCUGGGGGUGCAUGUUUUAUGUACCCAGCAUCUAUCCGAGUCCAGCUAUGUACCUUGUGAGGAACCCAAAUUCUUUACCUACUCUCGUCGUAGCUGCAUUGGUAGUCUCUGGUCUGCUGUGUGUUGGAUUGAAUUAUCAGGCCGACUGGCAGAAACAGGAAGUGAGAAAGAGUGAUGGAAGGUGUUUGAUUUGGGGGGAACCACCCAAGGUGAUCCGAGCAAAGUACACAGACGAAAACAACGUUGAGCAUUCACAGAUUCUUCUCGUGUCUGGAUGGUGGGGUAUAAGCAGGCAUUUUCAUUACAUUCCCGAGAUUUUGGCAUCACUUAUUUGGACACUGCCGUGUCUGUUUGAGAGCGGGUUACCAUACUUCUAUGUUAUAUAUCUCACUAUGCUUCUAAUAGACAGGACAGAUCGUGAUGAUCGUCGUUGUCUAAACAAGUACAAGUCCUACUGGAAGAAAUACACUGAAGCUGUGCCUUACAAAAUGAUCCCUUACAUCUAUUGACUGAUGUCGACAGCUUCGUAGUGACAUACUAGUUAGAUAUAGGAAGUAGUGUUCAUCCUUUUGUCUAGCUAGACUGUUGACUUACCCACAUGAUUUCUGUUUAUUGAUUCAACUAGCUGAUUAGCUGAGCAAAGAAAACACAAACUCCUGCAUGGCUAAGUUGUUCUCUGUGUAUGUGACCAAACAUGUCCUACCUAGAGAUCCAGAUAUAAUAAAAGAUAUCUUGGGGCGGUUUUGAU